UGGAUAAGCUUGAACCAGGAAGGCUCAAAAAUGGCGGAAUCUGUGCUGGCAACAGCUUUCAGGAACCAGAUUUUCCAGAGUGUCAGCCACCAAAGCGAAGCAGAGAAUCAACGGUCACAUGGGAUCGGUCCCCCAAAAUUAGCGGAUGGGCCAUAUAUUCUCUGUGUGGCUUUCCCGUCUUCUUCUCCCAAUCAAUCUUCAGAAUCUCUCUUCAUCGCUAUAUAAGUACAUAUACACGCACACACGUCGUUCACCUCCGAGACUCGGCUCCGAUUCUUUUGCACGUUCUUGCGGGCAAGUUGAUUUCUCCUCUCCUCUCUCUCUGCUUUUUUAUCUCUCCUGUUAACCCUAACGCCGAUUGGAGAGAGAAGAAGGUGGAGAGAGAUUAAUUUACAGAGGAAAAUGGAGGUUACUAGGGCUUCACUGCUGGCGGUGGCCAUGCUCGCUCUCAUCUUCACAGUCUUUUUCCCGGCCGCUGCCGCUCAAUCUGCCGCUCCGGCUCCCGCUCCGACCAGCGACGGAACAACCAUAGACCAAGGGGUAGCGUGCGUUUUGAUGCUGGUUGCUUUGGCGCUGACAUACCUGAUUCACUGACCUUGCCGAUGCGCAAUUGUCAUUGAUUCAUUGUUUGCCCCUCGGUUUUCUUCAAGAUUUAUGAUCAAAACUUAAGAGACAGAGAGAGAAGACGAGAGAAAAAAAAAAGAAAAGAAGAUUGUGUUCGUCAAUUGGAGUAAUUCUUUUCAUUAGAAAGAGGGGAUGAAUGUUCUUAUUUGUUUCUUUGUUUAUAUUUUGGUAGAUGGGAUUGGGGGUUUAUUGGAUUAAGUUGUAAAGUGUACAUUUGGAUGUUUUUCUCGUGAUAAUGCUUAUCUUUCCAAAUGGAUUCUCUCUCUA